AUGGACGGAAUUCAAUUGCGAGAUGAGGCCGCGCAAGAUCGCGUGCGCGCUGCUAUCGAAUUCCUUGACCCUAGUGAUGAACGGGCUCGCAGUUAUCGAGUCGAUAUUGUGGUGAUGCUGAAUCGGGGACUGCGACGUCUGACGGUUAGCCUCGACGAAAUCCGAGCACACAACCGCGAGCUUUCCGACGGGCUUUGCAUGUCCCCAUUCGAUUACUCUCAAGCCUUUGACCACGCCCUGAAGGAGGUCGUAAAGCGGUUGCCCAACCGCCCCGAGAAGGAGAAGUUGGAUGAAGUGAACUAUUAUUGCGCUUAUAUCGGAGCCUUUGGAGAUUUUUCUUGCAACCCCCGCACUCUCGGUUCUUCGCACCUGAACCGCAUGGUUUCCCUUGAGGGUAUCGUGACAAAAUGCUCCCUCGUCCGGCCAAAGGUGAUUCAGAGUGUUCAUUACAGCGAGAAGAAGGAUCGUUUCUUGUCAAGGAAGUACCGCGACCAGACUAUGACAGCGAGCGGUGCUACAAGUUUGAAUGUUUACCCCCAGGAAGAUGAAGAUAAGAACCCCCUUAUUACCGAGUACGGUUACUCCACCUAUAUGGACCACCAGUCGAUUUCGAUCCAAGAAAUGCCCGAGCGAGCCCCGGCCGGUCAGCUACCUCGCAGUGUUGACGUUAUUCUCGAUGAUGAUCUUGUCGAUAAGGCCAAGCCAGGAGACAGAAUUCAGCUCGUCGGUAUCUAUCGCACACUCGGAAACCGAAACGCAAGCUCCGGAUCCUCCACCUUCCGCACCAUUGUCAUGGCCAACAACAUCAUUCAACUUUCCUCCAAGGGCGGUUCUGGCAUUGCGCAGGCCACCAUCACGGAUACUGAUAUUCGAAACAUUAACAAGAUUGCCAAGAAGAAGAAUGUCUUCGAGUUGCUGUCUCAGUCGCUCGCUCCUAGUAUUCACGGCCACGACUACAUCAAGAAGGCCAUUCUGCUGAUGCUGCUCAGUGGUAUGGAAAAGAACUUGGAUAACGGUACUCAUCUUCGUGGUGAUAUCAACAUCCUCAUGGUCGGCGAUCCUUCCACGGCCAAGUCUCAACUGCUUCGAUUCGUGUUGAACACUGCCCCUCUGGCUAUCGCCACCACUGGUCGUGGUUCUUCUGGUGUCGGUUUGACCGCUGCCGUUACUUCCGAUAAGGAGACUGGCGAGCGUCGCUUGGAGGCCGGUGCCAUGGUCCUCGGUGACCGUGGUGUGGUCUGCAUCGAUGAGUUUGACAAGAUGAGUGAUAUUGAUCGUGUUGCCAUUCACGAAGUCAUGGAACAGCAGACCGUCACCAUUGCCAAGGCUGGUAUUCACACUAGUUUGAACGCCCGCUGCAGUGUGUUGGCUGCUGCCAAUCCCAUUUACGGCCAAUACGACCCACACAAGGACCCUCACAAGAACAUCGCUCUUCCCGAUUCCCUUCUGUCCCGUUUCGAUUUGCUCUUCGUUGUUACCGACGAUAUUGAGGAUGCCAAGGACCGAACUGUUUCCGAGCAUGUUCUCCGCAUGCAUCGUUACCGCCAGCCCGGCACUGAGGAGGGUGCUCCGGUUCGUGAACAGCUCAACCAAACCUUGGGCGUUGGUAUUGAAGACCGUGUAGAUGCCAACCAGCCUACGGAGGUGUUUGAGAAGUUCAACGUUAUGCUCCACGGCGGUAUGGUCCGCAACCGUGGAAAGAACGUGGAGAUUAUCAGCAUCCCCUUCAUCAAGAAGUACAUUCAGUACGCCAAGUCCCGUGUCAAGCCUGUUUUGACUAAGGGCGCGGCCGACCACAUUAUUGCGGCAUACUCUGCGCUGCGUAACGACGACCUUGCCAGCACUCAGCGUCGUACCUCUCCCAUCACACCUCGUACCCUAGAGACUCUGAUUCGUCUUUCUACCGCACACGCCAAGGCCCGUCUGUCCAGUCGUGUUGACGAGAAGGAUGCCAAGCAUGCAGAGGCCAUUCUGCGCUUUGCUAUGUUCAAGGAAAUCCAGGAGGAUGUGCGCCGCAAGCGCCGCAAGGUCACUUCCUUCGAGGAGUCGGAUGACGAGAGCGAGCCAGAGCUUGAUGACGAUGACGAUGACGACACUCCCUUCCGCGGCACAUCAGCCGCUACCUCUGGACAUGGCACUACAGCGAGAACUCGUGCCGCCGCCAGCAGCACUGCAGCUCCCGACGAUGAUCCCGAUAGCCUCUACACGUCUAGCCCGCGCGCCUCGCGUCUACGGUCCAGUCAGACCAACCGUACUCAGACUCAUACCGAGUCACAGAUGUCGGUUGCUUCGUCGCACCCUGCAUCACAGCUGGUGCAGUCUCAGACAGACGACUCGCAGUCGACUUCUGCCUCGGCGCAACCGCUUACUCCUGCCCGCAUGGCUGUCUUCCGUCAGAUCCUGGGUCCUCUCAUGGGCAACAAGGUAUUCAAGGACGGUGACAUGUGUCAUGUGGAUGCGCUGAUCGAAGCCGUCAACACUGCCGUGCGCGAGUCACCGAAACACGGUGCUGCGCACGUCUUCUCACGGCCCGAGGCCAUCCAGGCUCUCAGCAAGAUGAACGAGGAGAACCUGCUGAUGUUCCUCGAGGACGAUGAGAACGUCUACCGUAUCUAA